AUGAAUUCAAUUCAGCCUGACAUUCUUACAGGGAUCCAGUCUGAGCUGGAAGAGCUGAAAUCUACCGUGAGUUCUCUGAAGAACAAACUACAGGUCACUGAGGAUCAGCUGAAACAGCUCAGGAGAAAUGAAUAUAAAGUGGCAUUUGGCGCCACACUUGGACCAACAGGUAACUUUGGUCCCUUCAACACUCCAGUCAUCCUGGUUUACAGUAAUGUCUAUGUGAAUGAGGGCAGAGCUUACAACCCAAACACUGGUAUCUUCACAGCUCCUGUAAAAGGGGCCUAUUUCUUCAGUUUUUCUGGACAUAACCGCUCAUCUAAAGUUCUGAAUUUAGCACUCUUUAAAAAUGGAGAGCAGAUGGUGAUUGUUUUUAAUAAUCCUCUUGGUGACCGCUAUGAAUCAUCAGCUAAUUCAAUCUCUCUGACUCUAGAGAAAGGAGAUAAUGUCUAUGUGCGUCUCCAUAUGACCUCAUGGGUCUUUGAUAAUAACAGUCACCACAAUUCAUUUGUUGGGCAUUUACUUUUCCCUCUUUGACAAUCUUACUAAAUUCAUGGAGCACAGUCAUACCUAACAUGUGCUUUUGCUUGCAAGACUAAUAUUUUAUUCUGGUAUGUUUUCA